GGGGGCGGAGUCUGGGCACGGCUAGGGCUGAGGCAUCUGCUGCUCUUCUAGCUUGGGAACUAAGGAGGCCGAGGCCUGAGCCGAGCCCGGACCCGCCGCUCGCCGGAGCCCCUGGAUCCCUCGCGCCGGUUCAGCCUGGGGGCGGGCUCGGGGCCGGCCCGGCGCCGCACCCCGGACCGAAGCUGCUUGGCCGAGGACCUGGCCGGCGCAGCCAUGGAGGAGGCAUCUCCUUAUUCCUUACUUGAUAUCUGCUUGAGUUUCCUGACCACUCACCUUGAGAAAUUCUGUUCAGCAAGGCAAGAUGGAACAUUGUGUCUGCAGGAACCUGGGGUAUUUCCACAAGAGGUGGCUGAUCGACUGCUUCAGACCAUGGCAUUUCAUGGUCUACUGAAUGAUGGAACUGUAGGUAUUUUUAGGGGCAACCAGAUGCGCUUAAAGCGAGCUUACAUUCGCAAAGCAAAGAUCUCUGCUGUUGCUUUCCGGAAAGCCUUCUGCCACCACAAGUUAGUGGAACUCGAUGCCACAGGUGUGAAUGCUGACAUCACCAUCACUGAUAUUAUCAGUGGGCUUGGCAGUAACAAAUGGAUCCAGCAGAAUCUCCAGUGCUUGGUGCUGAACUCAUUGACUCUCUCCCUGGAGGAUCCUUAUGAGCGGUGCUUCAGCCGGCUUUCUGGCCUUCGAGCUCUCAGCAUCACCAAUGUUCUCUUUUACAAUGAAGACCUGGCUGAAGUUGCGUCGCUGCCACGAUUGGAGAGCCUGGAUAUCUCUAACACCUCAAUCACAGACAUCACUGCUUUGCUGGCCUGCAGAGACCGACUCAAGUCUCUAACCAUGCACCACUUGAAGUGUUUAAAAAUGACAACUACCCAGAUCCUGGAUGUUGUUCGGGAACUCAGACAUCUGAAUCAUCUUGAUAUCUCAGAUGAUAAACAGUUUACAUCAGACAUAGCUCUUCGCUUACUAGAACAGAAGGACAUCCUACCCAGUCUUGUCUCUCUGGAUGUUUCUGGGAGAAAACAUGUGACAGAUAAAGCUGUUGAAGCCUUUAUACAACAACGGCCCAGCAUGCAGUUUGUAGGUUUGCUGGCCACUGAUGCUGGUUACUCUGAAUUCCUCACAGGCGAAGGACAUUUAAAGGUAUCUGGAGAAGCCAAUGAAAUUCAGAUUGCAGAAGCAUUGAAGCGGUACAGUGAGCGGGCAUUUUUUGUCCGAGAAGCUCUGUUUCACCUUUUUAGCCUGACUCAUGUGAUGGAAAAAACAAAGCCAGAAAUUUUAAAGCUUGUGGUUACUGGGAUGAGAAAUCACCCUAUGAAUUUACCAGUGCAACUGGCUGCAAGUGCCUGUGUAUUUAACCUAACCAAGCAGGAUCUUGCUGCAGGAAUGCCUGUCCGACUGCUGGCUGAUGUGACCCAUUUGCUGCUCAAAGCUAUGGAACAUUUUCCCAAUCAUCAGCAGUUACAGAAGAAUUGCCUCCUUUCACUUUGCAGUGACCGGAUCCUUCAAGAUGUUCCAUUCAACAGGUUUGAAGCAGCCAAACUUGUCAUGCAGUGGCUCUGCAACCAUGAGGAUCAAAACAUGCAAAGGAUGGCGGUUGCUAUCAUUUCUAUCCUGGCUGCCAAGCUUUCUACAGAACAAACUGCACAGCUUGGAGCUGAACUCUUCAUUGUCAGGCAACUUCUUCAAAUAGUGAAGCAGAAAACCAAUCAAAAUUCUGUGGAUACUACGUUGAAGUUUACAUUGAGUGCACUUUGGAACCUCACAGAUGAAUCCCCAACCACUUGCAGACACUUUAUUGAAAACCAAGGUUUAGAACUCUUCAUGAGGGUUCUAGAGUCUUUCCCAACUGAGUCAUCCAUUCAACAGAAAGUUCUAGGACUUUUGAACAAUAUAGCUGAAGUACAAGAAUUGCAUUCUGAAUUAAUGUGGAAGGAUUUUAUAGACCACAUCAGUAGUCUCCUACACAGUGUUGAAGUGGAAGUGAGUUACUUUGCAGCUGGCAUUAUUGCCCAUUUAAUAUCCAGAGGUGAACAAGCUUGGACAUUGAGCCGUAGCCAGAGGAAUUCUCUUCUCGAUGAUUUGCAUUCAGCUAUUUUGAAAUGGCCAACUCCGGAGUGUGAGAUGGUAGCAUACAGGUCCUUUAAUCCAUUUUUCCCAUUACUUGGCUGUUUCACAACACCGGGAGUCCAGCUGUGGGCAGUUUGGGCGAUGCAACAUGUCUGCAGCAAGAAUCCUUCAAGGUAUUGCAGCAUGCUGAUUGAAGAAGGAGGACUGCAACAUUUAUAUAACAUCAAAGAACAUGAACAGACCGAUCCCCAUGUCCAACAGAUUGCUGUGGCCAUUCUGGACAGCUUAGAAAAACAUAUUGUGCGCCAUGGGAGGCCACCUCCCUGUAAGAAGCAGGCCCAGGCUAGACUAAAUUGAUAGCUAUAGGUAAUUGGAUAAUUGAGUCACUAGGAUCCUUUUUGUGAUUGGUCCACUUGGAAUAUCUUACCCUCUGUGGUGUUUUGGAUUCUAUGACAAGAGUCAUAAGAUCAGUUUGGGAUUAAUAAUGUACAGUACUGCCCAUGUGAACAGUCUAAUAUGUCUUGUGAUUUUUAACUUAUGAGGCAAGAAAGGUCUCUUUAUCAUUCCCUUUCAGAAAAUUUUCCACAUCUUUCAGUGUUUGAAUUUACCUGUGCUUGAGAUUCUACAGUUUUCUGAUAAAGUUUGCACGAACCCUUAGGCCAGACUUUUCUGAUCUCAAAGUCCCUUCCAAUCAUUUUGUGGCCUCGGAUUUCUGGCACUGCUUCAGUUGUAAAGUUUCUACUGCUUCUGUAUAAAAUGCCUUUAUCCUCUGUGUAUCUCUUAGAAGACACCCUUCUUAGUGUGAAAGAAUGGAAACCUGCAUUGUCUCCCCAUGGAAGUUACACACUCUGUGGAACCCGGGUGGCUGGCAGAAAAAUGUAUUGGGAAGAAAAACAAUGAGGAAGAAUAGAGUUUAGGAAAUGAGAAUUGCUUUCAUGGUGUAGUUUCUAAAAUGGGACAGGAUGCCCUUCUGGAGCCCACCUCUUUGGAGACAGUGAGCAGAACCUUGUUCCUGUAUUUAUGGCUGGAAACGUGGACUGGUACUUCCUAUAUAGACUGCGGGUUGCUCUCUAGAAAUAUUUCCCAGGCAUCACACCAUAAACUAUUACAGCACUCUGGGUUAAAGCCUAAUUGAUUCUCUGUAUGUCAUAUUGUUCUAAAAAUGUAAAUUUUUAAAAACUUGUCUCUGGUUAAAAGUAGCUGUUCUUUUCCUGCUAUUUUAAAGCCAUUUUUGUUCAGUGGGAUAGAGACUACUCAUGGUAUUAACCUGCUCAGUUAAAACACAGUUGACAGCAGUAAACUUUGCCACAAAAAGUUAAAUUUGGGUUGGGGUGUAGCUCAGAAGUUGAGUGCAUGCUUAGCAUGUACAGCCCUGAGUUCAAUACUCAGCACCAAAAAAAAAAAAAGAAAGAAAAAGCUGAAUUUUUUCCAAAUACGUAUAUCUUCUUAAUUUGUUCAUGUUAUAAAAAGAUGCCCACAUUUUACUGCCAAAAAUGCAAGAGAAGAAUAAGACCAUUGUUGAAUGACUAAAUGUAAUGAUUUUAAUUACAGUGGAUAAGAGGAAAUAUUUUUGAUGAAUUAUUUUUUGAACAAUUGCCUUUCCUUUAAGAUACUUGAUAAAGUAUAUUAAACAAUAAAAUAUCAUUAUAUCAAUAAUUGCACUUGAGAGGCAACAAAUCUCCAAGAAACUUAAUUUUCAUUUAAAAUUUAUUUUAUUAAUAAGGUUAAUCUGCAAUCUCAGAUGAUUGCAUUUUUCAUAGCCAAAUUAUUUUCAUUAGAGUUUUUUCGGGGGGGAGUACUGGAGAUCAAACUCGGGUCCUUGCACUUGCAAGGCAGGCGGUGAAACCACUGAGCUAAAUCUCUGGCCCCUUCAUUAGAGAUUUUAAAUAGGAUGUUAAAAUGAUAGUCAGAAGCGCCUUCAGAAAGGAGCUGGUGUACUAGUGCACUGACAGCAUUUUUGACACUAUCACAAUAAAUGGACUUGAAUUUUGUGGUAUUCCUUUAUAGGGACAAAAACUGAGUUAAACUAAAAGAAAGCAGAUAUGUAAAAUCAUUAAAAGAUGUGUUAAAUUAUGGCUUAAUAGGGCCGGGGAUUUAGCUCAGUGGGUCUGGUGCCUGCCUCAAAAGCGCAAGGUUCUGAGUUCGAUCUCCAGUACCAAAAAAACAUGGCUUAAUUCUGAUUCAGUUGGCUUAAGGAACUUUUUAUAAUAUACAUUUUCACAGAUUAUGCUUAUUUCAGAGGAAGUGCAAAAUUCUUUUUAAAGUUUAAAAAAAAUGUUUUUUUGCCUUUUUUCUUAAUUUUAAUGUCUAAGGCAAAAUUCAGAAAAUAGGAUGGUCUGAGAUAGCUUGAAAGUUGCUAGUGAGGCUGACCAUUUUCAGGUCUUUCUAGUACAGUUAAGGGAAAGUCUGAGAAGUUUUUAUUUUAUACCAUUCAAAGCAAAAAUGUAUCUUUAUACACUACUGCUAGAUUCUUGUCUUUUAAAAGUUCUUAGAAAUGGCUAAAAAUGUACAGAAAACAGCUGACACCUUUAUUUGGAGUAACUUCUUGAUAGAUGAAGACUCAAAAUGUUUAAAUUUAAAUUUACUACUUUGAGCAUCAGUAGCAGCCAGAUACUUCUGAGUCUUAAAAAGCAAAAUAAUUGACCAUAUCCGAAAUAUGUAGGUUUUAGUGCCUUUGUGGUUGGGAUGCUUCUUAAAAUUGUAUAUAUAAUUAAGGCACAGAUUUGUCUGUAAAGUCUUGAAUUUGGCUAAAAAUAUAAUGGAUGAAUAUAUUCAAAUUAUGAGGUAUAAUUGGACAGUCUCUACAGUUAGAAUCUGUAACCCUCUUGAAAUUGUAGACUAGAAUGUAACAUACUUGGUGCCUUCAAAGGUUACCUUUCAGUGACUUAGAGGUGCCAAGAACAGUUCAGACUAAGGUUAUGCCACUCAUUGCUCAAAUCAUUGGUGUUCUCAGAUAUUUGGAUACCAUUUAAAAAAAAAAAUCAAUAGAUCAGUCCAUAAGCAAUAGCAAGUUAUGGAUGUAUUAAGGGAAAUGGAUGCACAAAGUCCUAGGCUUGGUCCCUAGCACUACACACUAGCUCCCCACACACAUGAAAGAAAAGAAAAGAAAGACAUGUUUUAGAUUGUAAGGCUGUGUGUUGUUAUUGAGUAAAACAAAGUAGAGCAAACAUAAUUAAGGCAAUUUAUUAUUUGCAGCAAGUAAGUUUUGUUUGUUUUUUUUGAGACAGGGUCUCACUGUGUAGUUCAGAUUGGCCUUGAGUUCAUUAUGUAUGUAGCUCAGGCUGGUGGCCUUGAACUCGCAGUGAUCCUCCUGCCUCAGCCUCCUGAGUGGUGGGAUUAAAGGCAUGGGUCACCAUGCCCGGCUUCUUUUUCUUUUUUCAGUUAAAAAAGAAACAUAAAUCAAGUAGUAAUUGGGGUUAGUUGACCAUUUAGCCAAGGUUUUAGUUGAGGUUUUCUGUUUUUGUGGAACAGGAUCUUGCUAUGUUCCAGAUUGGCCUUAAAACUUGCUAUGUAGCACAAACUAACCUUGAAUUCAUGAUCCUCCCGCCUCAGCCUCCCUGAGUGCUGAGAUUAUAUUAGUUUGCCACUAUACCCAUCUUUCUUAGUUGCAGACUUUUUUUACUCCCUCAGGUACUGGAAUUAAACCCAGAGCCUUUGCACAGAGCUGUACCCUUAACCCUCUGUCAAAAUUUAUUUUUAUUUUGAGACAGGGUCUCGCCAUGUCACUAAGUUGCCCAGGGAUGAUCAUCAUGCCUCAGUCUCCUGUAGUGCCUGAGGCACCACUAUACCCAGCUCUUCUUGGUUGAAGAUUUUUGAAAACUUUAUCAGACCCACAGUUCAUCAUAAAUAUUUCUGCGUACUUCAGGACAGGAAAGCAGUUUAGUAGCACUAAUAAACUUCAGGAUGAGUGUGAUGAGUGAAAGACUGCUAUAGGAAUUUGCCUUCAUGGUGUCUUUUAUUUGCAAACUUCUAAAAAAUUAAAUAUUUAUGUUUAAUACCAUACAUACCCAGUUUAGGAAGUUGCUCUUACAUAUCUUUUUAUGCUGGCCUCUUUUUCUCCCUAGCCACUUUAAUUUGGCUGUACUUUUAAUUGUGCCAUGUGUCAAGAUAACAUUAGGUCAUUUUCUAUCACCUUUGAGCACAUUUUAAUGAAAAUACUUUGUGUGCCAAAUUAGGGUAAAUUAGAUGAAUGAACUAUAAAUUUGAUUUAGUGUUCUAAAAUGCAUUAUCCCCCCAAAAGAAAAUGAAUUAAGUAAAAUGCAUUAGCCCCAUAUGGAAAAAUGUAUAGCAGUAUGAAGGUUGAACAGAGGUAGCAAAAAGGUACUGUUUCUUGUAUGAUGAGAUGUACCUCUCUCCUGCCCUCUAAUAGUAUGUUUAAAUUAUUGGUUAUUGUAUAGCUUUAACCAUAGUAUAUACAGUAUUAUUAAACUGAAGGCGCAUGUUAAAAGCAGUGUCACACUGUCAACUGAUGUGGACUUUUCCAAACUUAUCUGUAUUUUAUUUAUUUGGGGACUUUGUACCCCAAGAGCUGCAGAACACUGCUCUGAGCUUUCAGAGAGGUUUAUAAACUUUGGAUUUCCCUCUGAAAUCCACUGCAGCAGUUUCAGAUGCAUUUGUGUAUAUUAUGUUUGUGUAUAUUUGUUGACACAUUUUAAAUUUUCAGUGUUAAUUUAACAAACUGUUUACUUUAGGAAUAAUGCCAAAUUAACCUUUGUCCAGUGAUGAGAAUAGCAGUAUGAUUGGAAAAUUUGCUGAUUGGGCUUUAAAUGAGUGAUUGUUUUCUCUUUAGUAUUUCAUAGACUUUGUAUGAUACAGUACACUCCUAAUAAUGCAUUCUUUGGUUUCCAAAUCCUAACAUAAGACACUAUGUUAAUUGGUAGCAGAAGAGCUUUUUACCCUGUUUCCCCCACAUAUACACACUUUUUUUUUUACAUGAAUUAUGCAACUAUAAAUGGUGUUUUUCAUUACUUUGAAUGAGGUAAAGCGUCUUUUAAACAGAACAGCCUAACUUUAUGACCAUUAAAAAUAAUUUCCUCCGAGCCAGGUGUGGGGGUGCCCUCCUGUAAUCCCAGCAUUUGGGAAGUUGAGGCAGGAGGAUCCCCUUGAGCUGGAGGCCAGCCUGGGCUACAUAGUAAGUUCAAGGCUACCCUGAACUGCAGAGCAAGAACCCUUCUCUAAAAAAAUUUCACCCUAUGUCUGAGGCACGAUGAUUACAGCCUAUGUGCAACUUAGACCCUGUCUCAAAAAUAAAAAUGGUAGGGGAUGUAGCUCAGUACUCCCUAGGUUCAAUCUCCAGUAAACACCCCCACCCCACCCCUGGAAUAUUUCAGAGCUGGGCUGCUACUACUUCCCUGUAGACUGCAGUCCCAGCUACUCUGGGAGGCUGAGGCAGGAGGUGUACAUGAGCUCAAGAGUUUGAGACCAGCCUGGGCAACAUAAGAUUCUGUCUCAAAAAAACAAGCCACAAAAAGUAUUUUAAAAAUCCAAAUUCAGGGCCAGGGAUUUAGCUCAGUGGUUUCACCACCUGCUGCACAAGCACAAAGACCUGAGUUCGAUCCCUGAGUUCAAUCCCCCCAAAAAUAAAAUCCAAAUUUAUCAAAAUUAUUUACUAGAAAUCAUAAAUCUAGUUUACCAAUAGUAGGUGCUUAAUACGGGGCUUACUUUGGGGCAAACUUUAAAUUGGUCCUCUUAAUCUUAUUUUAAUCAGCUUUAAAGUAAAUUUAGCUAGUAAAAGCUGAAGACACUUUUAUAAAAGCAAAUCUUUGAGAGCAUUUUUUUCCUCCAAAAAUGAGAGGAUGUGUAUCAAGAUUUGUACUCAGAUAUCUGCAAGUAUAAAAAAAUUUUAAAUCCCUGAUGUUUGUAGGUUUCUCUCUGUAAAUUCUGAGUGGUGAGUGUGAGAAAAGCUAUCUUUUUGCUUGAAUUGUGAUGGAAGAGUUGAACACCUUUCAAAGAAUAUGAAAAAUUCAUUGGAAAGUGUAAUGUACGUUCAUUUUAAAGACUCUCAGUUACCUGGACGGAAGGCACUGUUCUCACACCGGCCAGAUAAUGGGAGUAUUCUGUACCUGAAUCAUGCUAUAUUUUAAAUCAGGACGUCACUUAAGUAUUAAUGUUGUGUGUACAGAAUUUUGUUUUGGAAUUUUUUGGGUUUUGCCUAAAUAAAUGGUAUAAAUUUUA